ACUCCAAGAAUUGAAGGAAUAUCUGGACUAGUUAUCGACUUUCAAGUGGCAGACCUUACCGCUAUUGCAUUUUCUACGCCAAUUUUCGCAUCCAAAAGCAAACUGAUCAACGACUGUAUACUCGACGUGCAACACAUGCUCUAAUCGUCCAAGCAACCAUUGCCUGUACAACAUUGCGUUGCGGAGCCAUCCGUACUUGCUCGAGCCUUUGUACCCGACUAAUUGUGGAGGUUGGGUUGUUUUGUUUGUUCCUACAGCAUUCCAAAAUCUUAUGAGGAAGCAUCUUGUAGUUGUGGUAACAGCCUCCCAUUUGUUAGCAACACGCAUGGUCGAUCAUAUUCCAAGCAGCCAUUGGCAAGUAGGAUUAUAAUCAUAGAUCCUCUCGUCAAUAGCCAUAAUAUUUUGCAAGAAUGGAGGCCUCUUCACCACUCGCGGCCAUGCAGCCCACGGCUGCCCCCUCGUGGUGCUUUGCUGCUCAUGGCCCCUUCGGUUCUGGGAACAUCUUCGGGGGGAGUCGACCGAGCAUUCGGAAUCAACUGCAGCGAGCAAGGCCAGAUUAUUUCAACGUGAAGUCUAUCCGUGGCUCAUCUCCUUCUGCUAGUCUAGCUGCCGAUCUAUCACAGAAUUUUUCUAUAGACAACGACUUUAGCCCACGGUUUCCAACUCCUCGUCGUGCUCUUUUCACGUCAAAUAUGACGGGUCGAGAAACAAUUACUACACCACCUCUGCCACCAUCAUCCUCUCCCUGGCCAGUACCGUCGGAGGUCAUGGACAUUUCGCCUGUACCACAGAAGGAGCCCUUCGGCGCUUCAAUAGAAAUAAUAUCACCUACCCCGGUCCAGUCGCCGGAUGUGGAUAUGAUGGAAGAGUCCCCACUUCAGAUGACACGGCCAUCUUCUACUAUGCUGGAUAUACCCAGAUCAGUGACUGAUAGCCGCAAGAGACUUGGUCUGCGACGUCCGUCGUUAACUCGAACGAAAGGUCAUUCCACCAGCUCUCUGCUAAACCGCAUACACCCUGAGGGUCAAGUUUCGUCGUUUCGAUUUGGCGCUGGUUCACCAGGAUUGUCCCCUUCAGAGCUUUUCCAAGAAUCCCCGCCUCAGGAACGGCGGCCGCAGUCGGCGAAUAGCCCAUCAGGUAUUGCCCCUGGUACGUUCCGUAAACAACUGCAGUUUGCCAGCCUAACAGGCACGCGCGAGCACCGCAGCAAUGGAGCGCCUUGUGCUAGUCAUAUCCGCCGCCCUUCUAACCCUUUCAACCGACCACGUCGGCCCUACCGUCGAUCCCUGAGUAUGUUCGAGAACCCAGGCGAUGUCGUAAAGGCAAAAACUGAGGAGUCUGCUCCUCAAAGCAAUUUGCAAUCAGUUAUGGAUGUAGAGGAAGAGGAGGACCUGCUGCUACCGCACUUCUUCCCUGAUGGCGAAAAUGACGGCAUUCCCAGAAUUUCUCGAGACACGUUUCUGGAACUUCUAGAUGGAAAGUACAACGCGUCUUUUACGCAGAAGAUCAUUAUUGAUUGCCGUUUUGAGUACGAGUAUGAUGGUGGCCACAUUGAUGGCGCCAUCAACUACAACGACAAGGAUCUCUUGGCUCGGCAUCUCUUUGAGACACCAAUGGAAGGCAAGACAAUACUGAUUUUUCAUUGCGAGUACUCUGUACAUCGCGCUCCCCGAAUGGCUCGUCACAUUCGGGCUGAAGAUCGAUCAGUUAAUGCCGAGUGCUAUCCCCACCUAACUUACCCCGAGGUAUAUCUCUUGGAAGGUGGCUACAAGGAAUUCUUCAAACUCCAGAGACACCGCUGCUAUCCCCAGGCCUAUGUCGAGAUGGGUGCUGUGGAGCACGCCAACACCUGUGAGCGUGAACUGGGGAAGCUUCAACAGAAGCGCAAAUGCCUGGGGCGAGCCAACACUUUUGCGUUUGGCGGGAAUCACGAGCCGACGAUGUUCGACUCCCCUACAGCGCCCGGACGAGCUGCUGCGCAGCUAUCGCCCAACAUGAUGAUCGGUAACUCGCCUAUCCUCGGUGAUUAUCGAUCACCUGCUCGACGCAUGGCCUCGUACUGAGCAGCUUGGGCCUAUGAAGAAAACGUCUAAUGAUUAAUCACAACCAAGGA